GUUUAAGAGGAUCGAAAAAAAUAAUUCUUAGGGAGAUGGUAGAUAACAGAGGCAACAGCAGCAACAAUAUUAGUUCAGACUCCAGAGAAGGGUUUAACUACAAUUUCGCAGGAGAUCGCCACCAUCACGAUGAGCUGGUUAAGGAGCAAGAUCGGCUGCUUCCUAUAGCAAACGUCGGUCGAAUCAUGAAGCAGAUCCUUCCCCCCAAUGCGAAAAUCUCGAAAGAGGCCAAGGAAACCAUGCAAGAGUGUGUGUCGGAGUUCAUUAGCUUUGUGACCGGAGAAGCCUCCGACAAGUGUCACAAGGAGAAGCGAAAGACGGUGAACGGCGACGACAUUUGCUGGGCCUUAUCCACGCUGGGGUUCGAUGACUACUCGGAGCCGCUGAAGAGGUACUUGCAUAGGUUCAGGGAAUUGGAGGGGGAGAAGGCUCAGCAGAGCAAGGCCAACAGCGGCGGUGAAGAUCAAAGGAACGAAGUAGUGGCAGUGUCAGCGGCAACAGCAAGUACUACUUCCAGUUCUACUCCAUUAAUGAAGUUCAACAUGAUGAAUGAAAGGGGUAAUAGCUCAAUUUCUCGGCGAUAUUGACUGAUAUGAAGCGCGCUAGAGGUAAUAUACUCAAUUAUAUUUUCAAGACCAAAUUCGUAUGUGUUAUAACAUGACCAUGGAUGGGUUCGGUUUUAGACUACGUUUCUUGUUUAUUUUUUUACAUCUUGUGUGGUUUGCUUCUUUAAUUGACUGGUACUAGCUCAAUAAUCAUGUAAAAUUGUUGGACCUAA